AAAAUGAUGUCGCAAAAAAAAAAAAAAAGUGCCGUAUGUUUUUAGAAAAGAGUAUAAGGUUCUCGAAAAAGGUUGAUGAUUUUGGAUUCUUUGAUGUAUGCUAUGAGACCGAUCCUAAAAAACCAGUUUUAUUUCUGCUUGCUAGAGUUCAUUUCGAACCUUUUAUUUUCAAGGUGUACAAGUCUUCAUCCAACCAAGCAUUGCGUGGUGAAUGUAAUGCUAUUGGAAGUAACUUUGUUAAACAAUUGCUUUAUAUGUUUAGAAUUCUUGUUAAAAUUGAUUAAGAAACAGUAGAAAAAAAGAUACAUAAUAAAAGGUAUAGUAAGAAAGUAAAGAUAUAACCCAUUUAAACUGUGUUGCUG